UACGCCAUUCCGGGAAGUCAAGCGAGGGCUCAAGGCGGGGCUUCAUCUGGUCUCCGCCCUCUUUUUCUGGUUGUUAUAGUGACGGGGAGGCCUGCCUCCCUGAAGUUGGUGUCUAAGUGCUAGAGCCUAGCUGCUGACAUGCAGUACACCGGGAGCAAAUUUAUUGGGUCUUACGUAAACAGGAGGAUGGAGGGCCAGGCAGAAUACAUCCUCCCUACUGAUACAAAAUAUGUCGGGGAGAUGAAGGACGGCAUGUUCCACGGAGAAGGAACCCUGUUCUUCCCCAGUGGGAGCCAAUUCGAUGCUACCUGGGAGAAAGGACUGGUGGUGAAGGGCAAGUAUACGUUCCAGGACGGACUGCAGUACGAGGACAAACACUGGCAUUACUGUGACAGCUAUGACCGGAGGUUCUAUACCGAGAUCUGCUUUGGCCUGAAGCCCUCAGGUAUCGUUCAGCUCACCAACAUGGACCCACCCAGAACUAUCCCUCUAGGCUGCUAUGACUGUGGAGAUGGCUUCUAUAAUCCCACCACCAGAAUCAUCAAGGACUACUGGGGCCACUUUCUGAGAAACGCCGAUGAUGAUGAGCAUGAGUGGAUCAUCAGGACCUGCCGUAAGAGGUUGAUGAAUAAACCUGAACAGAAGGCCUAGCUGGGUGCACCUCAGCCUCAGUAGCUCAGGGAUUGCCCUCUGCCCACAGCUGGCCUGGGAAAAUGGCUGUAGGUCUAGUUUCAACUUAGGUCUCACAAUAAAGGUUUUCUGCACCA